AUAUUACUGCUUGAGUUUGAUUAUGGUUUUUGCGUCAAGAUCUGCGUGCAUGCUCUCAGUUCAGAACUCUUGCUAAUAUGCCAUGCAGCAACAAGAAAUGAAAUACCACGACACUAAGCUUUAAGUGCAUAUCAAAUACAUGAUCAGGGUUAAUAAGAAGAGAUAACUAGCUAAAAACUAGUAUGAGCUGCUUCGGUGUUUCUAAUGAAACAGUAAUGAUAAAAAGGUAAAUUAUACACCGUGAAAAGAUGAAAAAAACUUACUGACGGUCCGAACGCUAGUCCUUCUUCGGAGUUAAUAAUAAUGGUAAAUUUGUCAUUUUCGCAUAGGAAAUAACGAGGACUUACUUUAGAGCUUGUGUGAAGGACUUGGUUGGAUUGAAUCGCAAGCAUCAUCCAGUGACUGUUGAUUACUUGAUAUUUGGUGACCUUGAUCCAUGCAUCAACAAAACGUGUGAGUACUCUGGAAUCUGCCAAGCAUUGUCAGCAGGUGUUGCCCAGUGUGUGUGUAUUGCUGAAUGCCCCACAUAUCAAGAUCUAGUUUGUGCAACCAAUGGACAAACCUUUGACAACAUGUGCAUCAUGAAGAGAGAGAUAUGUAGGACCAGAGGAAAUUUCACCUACUAUCACCCUGGAGGCUGCCAAGGAUUCCCAUUGGACAAGGGGAGACACUUUCUUCGCCAGCAAGACUUUCCAUGGUCAGAUACUCAUUGCGAGAUCGUUUCGCUCAAGCCCUACACUUUUUAUCCCGACAAACCCUUACAUAUCCAACUGACGGUGAACUACGUCAAUGCUUUACCGACUUCCAAGGUACACGAAGCUACAGUAACUUGGACAGAGAACGUGAAUAUGGACAAUUUUACUGCGUGUAUUUCCAGGACAGGUAGGAAUGACAAUCCGUCAUAUGAAUUGGAAUCAGUUGAUUGGAUAGCCUAUCAAGGAGCACCUAACGGUGGAGUUACCGGAAGAGAACGGUUCACACGAUGGUGGACUGGUACGACAUGUAGGACUAUUUCGUUUCCUGGGGGCAAAUUUUCUAGCUCUCCCACAGUGUUAGCUACGCUACAACAUGAAAGAAGAGGCCUGAAACAUGAUGCUGCGAGCGUUUGGAUAGAGGAUAUUAGUUCUUCGUCGAUCAAAGUUUGUUUAAGAGAACUGCAGAACUUUGACGGCGUACAUGAAGAUAUCAAUGUGUACUGGAUGGCAUUUGAGAUUCUACACCGUCCAUUGUUCACUGAACACGGUAGCAUUGACUUCCCUAAUGACUACACACCUCAGCAAUCUGAUAAUUACGCAUUUUGCAAGACUGUUGAAAUGGUACGCAACUACACCAAGCAACCUUUAGUCAUGGUAACACCAACACACCGUACAGGUGGUGGACGGAAGAACCCACAAUGCAAUGGAAUAUCUGCCUGGAUUGAGAGUAUCACGUCUCAAAACUUCCAUGGCUCAAAGGUUUUGAGCAUGCUCAAUGCACCAUAA